AAGUUGGAAAUUGAGCGGAGAAUUGAGUUGCCCGGGAACAGAGCCGCGGCCGCCGCCAGAGCGAUGUUCCCGCAGAGCCGGCACCCGACGCCGCACCAGGCUGCAGGCCAGCCCUUCAAGUUCACUAUCCCGGAGUCCCUGGACCGGAUUAAAGAGGAAUUUCAGUUCCUGCAGGCGCAGUAUCACAGCCUUAAAUUGGAAUGUGAGAAACUGGCAAGUGAAAAGACAGAAAUGCAGAGGCACUAUGUGAUGUAUUAUGAAAUGUCAUAUGGAUUAAACAUAGAAAUGCAUAAACAGACUGAAAUCGCCAAGAGAUUGAAUACGAUUUGUGCACAAGUCAUCCCAUUUCUGUCUCAGGAACAUCAACAGCAGGUGGCCCAGGCUGUCGAACGUGCCAAACAGGUGACCAUGGCAGAGCUGAAUGCCAUCAUCGGGGUACGUGGCCUACCAGGUCUACCUCCUACACAGCAGCAGUUGCAAGCUCAGCAUCUUUCUCACGGCCAUGGACCUCCAGUGCCCCUCACCCCUCACCCUUCGGGACUUCAGCCUCCUGGAAUCCCGCCCCUCGGCGGCAGUGCCGGCCUCCUGGCGCUGUCUAGUGCUCUGAGUGGCCAGUCUCACUUGGCAAUUAAAGAUGACAAGAAGCACCACGAUGCAGAGCACCACAGAGACAGAGAACCGGGCACAAGUAACUCCCUCUUGGUCCCAGACAGUCUAAGAGGCACAGAUAAACGCAGAAAUGGACCCGAGUUUUCCAAUGACAUCAAAAAAAGAAAGGUGGACGAUAAGGACUCCAGCCACUAUGACAGCGAUGGUGACAAAAGUGAUGACAACUUAGUUGUGGAUGUGUCUAAUGAGGACCCCUCGUCUCCACGAGCAAGCCCCGCCCACUCACCCAGGGAAAAUGGGAUCGACAAAAACCGUCUGCUAAAGAAAGACGCCUCCAGCAGCCCGGCAUCCACCGCCUCCUCGGGAAGUUCCACUUCUUUGAAAUCCAAAGAAAUGAGCUUGCAUGAAAAAGCCAGCACGCCUGUUCUGAAAUCCAGCACACCGACACCUCGGAGUGACAUGCCAACGCCGGGCACCAGCGCCACUCCAGGACUACGUCCAGGCCUCGGCAAGCCUCCAGCCAUGGACCCCCUCGUUAACCAAGCGGCGGCCGGCCUGAGGACGCCCCUGGCGGUGCCGGGUCCGUACCCUGCGCCUUUCGGGAUGGUGCCCCACGCGGGCAUGAACGGCGAGCUGACCAGUCCCAGUGCCGCCUACGCCAGCCUCCACAACAUGUCGCCGCAGAUGAGCGCGGCCGCGGCGGCUGCCGCCGUGGUGGCCUACGGGCGCUCCCCGAUGGUUGGGUUUGAUCCUCCCCCUCACAUGCGUGUACCUGCGAUCCCUCCAAACCUGGCAGGAAUCCCCGGGGGGAAGCCCGCAUACUCCUUCCACGUUACUGCAGACGGUCAGAUGCAGCCUGUCCCCUUCCCCCCGGACGCCCUCAUUGGCCCCGGCAUCCCCCGACACGCUCGCCAGAUCAACACCCUGAACCACGGGGAGGUGGUGUGCGCGGUGACCAUCAGCAACCCCACGCGACACGUGUACACGGGUGGGAAGGGCUGCGUCAAGGUCUGGGACAUCAGCCACCCCGGCAACAAGAGCCCUGUCUCUCAGCUCGACUGUCUGAACAGGGAUAACUACAUCCGUUCCUGCAAAUUGCUCCCUGAUGGCUGCACUCUGAUAGUGGGAGGGGAAGCCAGUACCCUGUCCAUUUGGGACCUGGCGGCUCCCACCCCGCGCAUCAAGGCAGAGCUGACGUCCUCGGCCCCCGCCUGCUACGCCUUGGCCAUCAGCCCCGACUCCAAGGUCUGCUUCUCAUGCUGCAGCGACGGCAACAUCGCCGUGUGGGACCUGCACAACCAGACGCUGGUGAGGCAAUUCCAGGGCCACACAGACGGGGCCAGCUGUAUUGACAUUUCUAACGAUGGCACCAAGCUCUGGACGGGCGGCUUGGACAACACGGUCCGGUCCUGGGACCUGCGCGAAGGGCGGCAGCUGCAGCAGCACGACUUCACCUCCCAGAUAUUCUCCCUUGGUUAUUGCCCAACUGGGGAGUGGCUGGCCGUGGGCAUGGAGAGCAGCAACGUGGAAGUUCUCCACGUGAACAAACCUGACAAGUACCAGCUGCAUCUCCACGAGAGCUGUGUGCUAUCCCUGAAAUUUGCUUAUUGUGGUAAAUGGUUUGUGAGUACUGGAAAAGAUAACCUCCUCAAUGCUUGGCGGACCCCCUAUGGAGCUAGUAUAUUCCAGUCCAAAGAGUCCUCAUCCGUGCUCAGCUGUGACAUCUCUGUGGAUGAUAAGUACAUAGUCACUGGCUCAGGGGACAAGAAGGCUACAGUCUAUGAAGUCAUCUACUGAAAACAUUAUGUGGUUUAACGUUUAUAGUUGAAUUGGGCCAAAAUGUUUUGAAUUUGUAGAAAUAGAAAAGUUGUAACUUUAAAAACACAGAAACCUGUUUCCAAACCUUGACACAAAACUACUUUGCGUCUACAAAGAGGAGGCAGUGAGCACAUCAACAGAAGGUCACCUACCUACCUAGACCAAAUGGAGCACCGAGGCAAAGUGGACAGAGGGGUGAGGGUUGUGGGCUUGAGGAAUGGAGCCCGCUGACCCGGGCAGAGUCCAUCCUUUUCUUUCUGUGAGACCUGCCGAGAUUACCUUUCUGUUCCUUGCCGUUCCCCUCCUGUCUGUCCUUGGUAGAGCAGUGGUGUCUCCAAUGAACUUGUUUCCUCGUUUUGCAUCUUGUGAAAUGUUUUUUUGUAUUUUUGUUGAAGGUUAAACAUUUGUAUAAAUUGUAAAUAUAUUUGGUUUAUUACAGUAAAGGCUUUAGUACCAAUAA